GUCAUGGGUAUUCCGCUCUGAAAUAUCGUCUAAAACAAAUGCAAGAUACGUUCUAAAUCGUGGUUUAUUUGCCUGAGAGGAGGAUAUUGUUAUGGCGCGGUGUCUGUGGGAGGCGCUGCGGAUGGUGUCCUGCGAGGGAGUAGCUGUAUGGAAAUCAAACGCACCUGGCAGGGUUAGAGCAGCUUCACUGUGGAGCAGACCUGUCCGGACGAGUAACAGCUGCAGAGCUAUAGCCAGCAGCAAAGUGAGACACCUCUGUUCUGUGGUCACAAUGCCUGAGGUCACCAUGGAUCACCUGGAUGAGAAGCAGGUGCAGCUGCUGUCUGAAAUGUGCAUCCUCAUUGAUGAGAACGAUUGCAAGGUCGGAGCUGAUACUAAGAAAAACUGCCACCUUAACUCCAACAUUGACAAAGGUUUAUUACACAGAGCUUUCAGUGUCUUCAUUUUUAACAGUGAAGAGAAGCUGCUCUUGCAACAGAGGUCUGAUGCCAAAAUCACUUUUCCAGGCUGUUUCACAAACACAUGCUGCAGUCAUCCUUUGCACACAGACAGUGAGCUGGAGGAGAAAGAUGCGUUAGGAGUGAGGAGAGCUGCUCAGAGGAGACUCCAAGCUGAACUGGGAAUCCCUGUGGAACAGGUGACACCAGAAGAAAUGACAUAUCUAACCAGAAUCCACUACAAGGCCCAGUCAGAUGGCAUUUGGGGAGAACAUGAGAUCGACUACAUCCUCUUCAUGCAGAAGGAUGUGGAGCUGAGUCCAGACCCCAAUGAGAUCAAAAGUCACUGUUAUGUGAGCAAGGAGCAGCUGAAGGAGAUGUUGGGGAAGGCCAAGCGUAAGGAACUGAAGAUCACACCCUGGUUCAGCCUCAUCGCAGAGACCUUCCUCUUCAAGUGGUGGGACAAUCUGCAGAACCUCAAACAGUUCAUGGACCACAACAACAUCCACCACAUGUAACCACAACCAGGAUCAGGUUGCACCUCCGAGACUUUAAAAAGUUUGGCUGGUGCAGUAGUUGUCUGACAUAUAAGCCAGCUGAUGAAAACUAAGCAUUACUGGCCACUUUUGUCAAAGAAGAAGUAAGUGCAGCAUUUCUCCACUAAAACAGGAAGCAGGGAAUGGUUUAGUGAUGUAGCUUAUGGUAGGUCUGUAGCUCUGAGGUGCAUUCAUCUACACAUAAAAGCUGAUUCAUGUAGGGCUGGUAGGCUGAUUCUGUCAGUAUUUAGAAAAAACAUGAAGUAAUCAAUUCUUAUAAGUUGCACACUGGAUUUACAUUGUGAAAAGAAGACAUCUAAUAUCUGUCAGAAUAUGGAACAAGUGCUUGAGUGCAGGUCAUUAGAGUAAGUGGUAUAGGUAAUGGAUGAAAUGCUUUAAAGGUGUGAGAUGCAUAUCAGAUACAAUUGGUACUGAUUAAGAGGUACUUUAUUUGCAAGCUUGAUCCACCUUUUGAAUGUUAACAGUAAGGCGCGUUAUUUUCAGCAGCUGAUAAACAAGGGGAUAAAUGAUAUAUAUAUUGUAUAACCAUAUAAAUCCUAUUGGCAAAUCACAAUGGCAAUACACUACUCCAUAGUGUCUUUGCUAAUCUAUAUGUGAAGUAAUUGGAACAAGGGUAGACCACAGUACAUUACAUAACUAUGUAACUUCCUACAGUGGCAUAAUGCAAUACAAUCUGUGGUAUAAACAGCUCUGGGUUUAAAACCAACAGUUUGGCAUCUCACUAAAUAAAUGAUUACAUACAAGA